AUGGCUCCGAAAAGGUAUGCCGUCGUAGGCACUGGGGGUCGCGCUGGGUUCUUUUACAACGCCAUAGCUCAGGACUUCAAAGAAAGUGCAAGUCUUGUGGCCUUUUGUGACACAAACCAAACCCGCAUGGAUGUUGCGAAUUCUCGAAUUCAUGAUUUAGGAUUAGCAAAACUGCCUACCUACAAAGCGGCCGAUUUCGAUCGGAUGAUUGAAGAGACCAAACCUGACGUUGUACUUGUGACAACUAUUGACCGAACGCAUCAUCAAUAUAUCAUUCGUGCUAUGGAAUUGGGAUGCGAUGUUGUGAGCGAAAAGCCCAUGACAGUCGAUGAAAAUAAAUGCCAGUUGAUCCUGGAUGCUGUCAAAAGCACCCAGCAGCAAUUACGCGUCACCUUCAACUAUCGAUACGCGCCUCAUAAUACCAAGGUGCGCGAGCUAUUACUAGACGGCGCAAUUGGAAGAGUAACUUCGGUACACUUUGAAUGGCUUCUGAACACUCGACACGGUGCGGACUACUUUCGACGCUGGCACCGUGAUAAGCGGAAUAGUGGGGGUCUCUUGGUCCAUAAGUCAACUCAUCAUUUUGACCUUGUGAAUUUCUGGUUGGGAAGUCAACCAGCUACUGUUUUUGCCCAGGGCGAUCUUAAAUUCUAUGGCAAAGAAAAUGCCGAGGCCAGAGGAGAAACGAAAUUCUAUUCCCGAGCUCAUGGCAGUUCAGCAGCAGCCGAUGACCCCUUCGCUCUUAAUAUGGAAGAGCAUCCCCAGCUCAAAGCUAUGUAUCUUGAUGCUGAGCAUGAAGAUGGAUACUAUCGUGAUCAGAGUGUUUUUGGUGACGGCAUCAACAUUGAAGAUACCAUGGGAGUAUUGGUAAGCUAUCAGUCAGGAGCGAUCAUGACUUAUAGUCUCAAUGCAUACUGUCCAUGGGAAGGAUUCCGGGUCUGCUUCAACGGAACUGGUGGCCGAUUGGAAAUGGAUGUACUUGAAGAAUCCUAUGUCAAUGCUGGCGGAGAGCAAAACAAAGAGGGCGCCGUGGCACACACUAAGAUAUCCGUGCAUCCGAUGUUUGCAUCCCCAUACGAAGUUGAAGUUAUUGAAGGGGAAGGAGGACACGGUGGCGGAGAUCCUGUUCUUUUAAAUGAUCUUUUUGGGACUCCAGCUCCUGAUCGCUUAAAUCGCGCUGCAUCUCAUGUGGACGGAGCCAUGUCCAUCUUGACCGGCAUUGCUGCCAACAAGGCAAUCCGCACUGGUCAAGUCGUGCAGGUCAAAGAUUUGGUCAAAUUUUGA